CAGAUUUACCCUGCUCGAAUGAUGAACAAACUACCAUCAGGUCCUCCGAAGACGAGAUGCAGCUCCAAUACGCGAAUCUACUCUAAAUCCGGCUGCCGUACUUGCAAGAUCCGACGGCUCAAAUGCGACAAGGGCCGGCCAGGCUGCCGGCGAUGCCUCUCCACCGGCCGCGUGUGCGACGGCUACGGCGUCUGGGGAGAAGGACCCGUCGUGACGCCAGGCAAUCUCCUGCAGCGGACCCUGCAUGAUCUGUCGACUCGCUCUCGAGUCGGUCCGAGGAAUGGCUUGGAGCGAGAGAGCUUUGACUGGUUCCGACAUCGAGCGAGCGUUAAGCUGUGCGGUGUUUUCAGUUCAAGAUUCUGGGAUACGUUGGUCCUUCAGGCUAGUGUGACAGCUCCCGCAGUCCUCCAUGCACUGCUGGCCUUGGGCUCUGCUCACAGGUUAGAGGUCAUCAGGUCAUGCUUGCAGGAAGAGAUCAAUAGUGAAUCUUGCGAACAACAGGAACGUUUCAUCUUGGAACAGUACAACAAGGCCAUUGCCUGUCUUCGGCCCCAUUUUGCAAAGACUGACCGCGACGCCUCGUCGACUCGAAUGGUUCUCAUAACGUGUGCUAUCUUUGUCUGCCUGGAGUUGCUUCAAGGGAGGUACAUGGAGGGCCAAACUCACCUCGAGAACGGACUAAAUCUCCUCAGCCAGCUUCAGGCCGACCUUCAGCCUGCGGGGACACAAGGCCUUAUCGUGCUGGGCCACCCUCAAGAAUCCCUCAACGACAGCUACCUGACCGAGGCGUUCUCCCGCCUCUAUGCCCAAUCAUCACUCUUUGGACGCGUCCCAGGUGGUUGUUGCAAGUCGAAGUCAUACGCUAUCGCUACUGUCCUCGCAGACUCUACCAUCCAGUCCCCACCUCCCCUUUUUGGCUCCAUGGGCCAAGCAAGGCAGCAUCUCGAUGGGCUUUUCAACGCUAUCCACUGUCUCACGGUACAGUGUCCACGCGAAAGCAUAGUCCGAGAGGCUCCGAUCGAGCUCCUUGAUACACAAAGUCGCAUCCUAACUGGCCUUCGACUCUGGCAACGUGCUUACAAAGUCUCCCGGCUCAACCUUACGUCGCAGCUUAAUGUCCGAGACGCACUAUCCUACCCACUUUUGACGGUCUAUCACACCAUGGCCAUCGUCAUGGCGACGACUUGCCUCGCCCCGCCGGACGAAUCAAUAUUUGACUCCUUCGAGGGCUCCUUCGUCUCUGUGGUGUCGGCUUGCGAGCACCUGUUGGAAGAUGCGAUUGCCAUCACCGUGGCAGACAAGGCGGAAGGAUAUUGUUCAGGAGGGUUCAGCUUCACAGCCGACAUUGGACUGAUACCGCCCUUGUACUACACCGCUCUCAAGUGUCGCGUCCCCUCUCUGAGGCGUCGGGCCAUCAGAAUGCUCGAGACCACCACGCACAAGGAAAGCAUAUGGAAUGGAGCGGUGGCGGCACGGAUUGCGCGUGAAGUGGUCACGAUAGAGGAAGAGGGAGCCAGCGUCAAUGUUGACCGUGACCACAUUCCCCAUGACACGCAGAUGGUUGAACCCGGUCUGUAUCGAGUUCGCCAAGUCUCGGUGGAUCUCUCCGAUCGUCUGGCAGAGAAGGCUAUUUUGACGUGCGAAAGGAGACGAAGCGAUGGGGAGUGGGGAUUACUGAACAAGGUGGUCGAUUUGAGCUGA